AUGUCCUCCAGGCAUGUCUCGUACAGCGCGGCUUACAACCCCCAGGAAUGGGGCCCUAUAGCAGCAAACGGGUCUCCCGCUGCUGGCAUGAGCGCGUUUACCUCUCCGAAUGAUGCCACAUCUAUACCUCCUCCCCCCUACUCUCCGAGACACCCAAAGCCUGAAGAUACACAUGUUGAGGCUUCCCCUAGACUAAGCGUAGGUGCUGGUGCUUCUCCAUUAGCAGUUGCAUCCCAGUAUAAUUCUCCAGGCCCUGCGAGAACUCGGGAGUCAGUCCCUGCUGGAUAUCGCUAUCCUGCAUCUCGCCCCAGGCCCGUAUCGAUGAUUCAUAGUACCGACGUAGUUCUGAGCGACAAUCUGCAACCAGGCGCCCCUAAUGCGGGUGGCCAUUUAUCACAGUAUCCAGGCCAAAGCGGCCAGAGCAAUCCCCCGUACAAUGCGGACGGUGGCAUUUCUAGCUUGGUAUCCUCAUCGUCGAGAUUGUCACAUGACAAUGGCUCUGGAAAUGUAGCUCUACGGCCUCCAGCAUCGAUCAGAGCGGCUUCUACAGGGGAUAUUGGUCAAAAUAGAAAUGGAAGUGCGGCGCAUGCGUGGCUUAAUCGACAGCACGGACGUUGGGAGCCAGGGAUGCCACUUCCACCUCCACCCCCUGGACCACCACCUAACGGUGCUUGGAACCAAUCGAGGGAGUCGUCAAGAGGCCCUUCCCAGGAUGGGUCAAACCAGUCGAGUCGACAUAGAUCACCGCCGGUCUUGGGGACCGGCCUUGGAGAAGUUCCUCCUACACCAAUCGGAUGGAUUGACGAAAGCGUCGUUGCUGGCCAGCGGUCUGAAGGUUCUAGGGAGCGUGCUAGUUCCAUGUCUCAAAACACAACAGAUUAUGCCCCUGAGGAUGAGCUUGCUCGUUUGACUCAGCAGAACAGACGCCCCCAAUCAACCGUACAUCACAGAGACAGCGCUCCAGCAAUGAGAGCCAUUAGCUCAAAAGGCAUCAGAGAACGCAGAAUUGAGGCCAGAAAAGAACAUGAUGCUGCCACAGCAAAUACUGGUCCCGAUCGCGACACAAACCAUGACUCAUCGGACUCUGCUUGGCCUAGCGACCUUGUCCUUUCAAAACCAGGCGGUCCUGGACUUAUCCGUCGUCGAACCGUAACGAAGCACACACCGCGAACGCCACGAACUGCCCAGUCAGAUGGUCAACUUACUGCAUCAACUGUGAAGUCUCCGUUCCCAAUGCUAAGCUCAACUGGUUCUGCUCAGUCCACUCCAAAACAACAACCAACGCCAUCUUUUGAGAACCUCACCCAGCCCAGCAACUAUGUGCAAACUCCUCCAUUUUCUCCGGCUUGUGACCUCCAAUCACCAACUUUUUCUGCGACUGCCACCACUCCAAGUCUACCACCGAGAGCGUUGCCAACCCCACCGUUGCAAGCCAUACAGGAACGGAGUAGCUCGACAGUAACAAGCAGCUCUACUGAACAGGAACACACUCCAUUGGGUCAAACUAGAUCUUCUUCACGUGCAUCACGGUCUGGUAGGACAAUUGAAUAUGCAAAUGACGACUUCAUGCGUGAUGCCAUCCAGCGACAUCGUGAUUUCAUAGAAAAAGAAGCCUCCGCAUCCACCGCGGUUGAAGCCUUGGGCCUCUUUGCUGAUUUCAUUGUAUCAGAGUCUAUAAUACGACAACAACGGCAUGUUACUGCUAUCCAAACCGGUUUGUUUGACGUACAAACAGUUAGAGAGAGACUUUUUCAAGCAGAUUCUAACCAACACAACGGCGUGCAUACAAGCAAUCCGCCAUCAGCUGGUAUCACUACCCGAAUAGACCCUCCAGUUCGCUUUCAACCUGUGCUUCCACAAAUGCGUGUGGAGUCAGGAUGGUGGAGUAAUUACAAACCAUCCCUAUCUCCAAUAGGCAGUAUUAGUGUAAGAGAUGAUGAAAUGAGUUCCAGAGGGAGAGCCCCGAGCCGUUGGUGGGAGUCACAGACCGGGUCGGAAAGUGGGGGUUCUGGCAAAAAGGUCCGGCGGUCCAAGCAGGAAGCAAAAUACAUGGGUGUACCUCGAGAAGUGCGUGAAGCGAUGCAACAGGAACAUUUUUCUGCUGGACUAAUUGACGUGAAUCAAUCUCAAAUUCCGCCUCCUGCUUUUGGCUUUGCUGCUACAUAUGGGCCAAAUGAAUAUCCCCCCGAGAAAGUUGGCUUGGAACGGCACGCUUCUGCAUCUCGAGCGCCAAUGGUCACAUCUCAUAUUGAUCGCCAGAUCCCGGCAUUAGAUAUCUCAAGAUUUAUUACUCUUCCACCCCCAUAUCCCAGGCAUUAUCCAGCUGUUAAUAACAGCCAUCCUGAUCUAUUGUAUUACAGAAGUACGGUAAGAUCCGUCAGUGACCUCACGGAAGUCCAGGAAACGAAACAGGCGCACCAGAUAAAACUAGAAAAACUUCAGCAUGAACACCAAAUAAAAAUGAAGGAAUCUCGGCGCGCAUUUAGAUCAAGCGUGAAUACCCGGAUAGCGCAAGGGACUUUGUCUUACGCGGAAGCUGCCGAGGCAGAGGCAGUCCAUCUUCUCGAGGAACAGAAAUGCGAAAAGGAGCUAAUUCAAGCCGAAUUCGACUCUUAUGAACAAGUAGUAUUCCAGCCUUUACAACUCAUACUCGCAGAUCGGAUCGACAUUACGUCCACCUGCAUUGACAGCCUCCGGAGCAAGUUGUUCGAUUUAACACAAGAUGGAACCCCAAAUCAAACACAGGAAGCAGGCGAUGAACGACCAGAGCUUCUAGAGAAAUUGACACAACUCAAGUGGCUGUUUGAGGCGCUUGAGCAACUGCAUCGAGAGGUGUACAACCUCGAGAGUGAACGCAAUGGCCGAUAUCGAGCAAUCGUCACCUUACCAUAUAAACAAGCCAAAAACCAAGAGAAACUUAUAGAGACAGACUCUUUCUUCUUGCAGGAUGAGCAAAACAGGAAACUGACAUUCGCAACGGAAACACUGCGGCGCUUCGAAAGCUUCAUGGAAGUCAUUGAACAAAACGUUGGGCGAGGGGUGGAGACCCAGCUUUCAGCCUUCUGGGACAUUGCGCCCUCUUUAGUCACCGUCCUUCAGAAAAUUCCCGACGACUUUCGAUCGUUUUCCAUCCAGAUACCUUCGAAGGAGUACGAGGAGAGUCCAAGCUACUACCAGUUCCCUCUACAAUAUCUAUACUCUCUACUCUCUCACGCUGAAAAAUCAACAUAUCAGUUCAUUGAAUCCCAAACCAACCUCCUUUGCCUUUUACACGAAGUUAAAAGCAGCCUCAUGAAGGCGAAUUGCAAUGUUAUGGAAGUGCAACGCAUAAUAUCUGGUGAACCAGCAGAGAGCGUACAGCGAGAAAUGACGGAAUCGAGCGAGGAAGAAGAGAGGCGGUUGACAGCUGACCUAAAAGAUAAAGUCACAAUGGUCGAGGAGCAAUGGGCUGAGGCUCUUGGGAAGGAGCUGAGCUCAGUGAAAAGGCGUGUGCAGCAAGAUCUUGUCAACCAGGGCGGAUGGGAUGAUACGAUGUUCGAAGAGUCAUAA